GUGUCAUGGAAAAACUUGGGCUUGGUCCAGAGGUCCUUCUACAGGAGAAUCCCAGACUCAUCUAUGCUAGACUUACUGGAUUUGGCCAGACAGGAAACUAUGCCAAGUCUGCAGGUCAUGACAUCAAUUAUUUGGCUUUAUCAGGUGUGCUGUCAAAGCUGGGUAGAAAAGAUGAAAACCCUUACGCACCUGUAAAUCUUCUGGCUGAUUUUGCUGGUGGAGGUGUCAUGUGCGCACUGGGCAUUGUUACAGCCCUUUAUGAACGUACCAAAUCUGGAAAAGGGCAGAUCAUUGAUGCAAGUAUGGUAGAAGGAGUAGCAUACCUAAGUUCUUUCCUGUGGAAAUCACAAAAUUUGGGACUUUGGAACAGACCUCGAGGUGAGAACCUCCUAGAUAGUGGUGCACCUUUUUAUGAAACCUACAAGACCUCCGAUGGAAAAUUCAUGGCUGUUGGUGCCAUUGAACCACAAUUCUAUGAGCAGUUAAUAAAGGGUCUUGGGCUAGAUUCCGAUAAACUUCCCAAUCAGUUGAGUUUCUCCGACUGGCCUGAAAUGAAGAAAAAAUUUGCAUCCAUAUUUGCACAGAAGACACAAGCUGAGUGGUGCAGCAUAUUUGAUGGUACUGAUGCCUGUGUGACCCCUGUUUUAUCCUUUGAUGAUGUUGCCUCACAUCAGCAUAACAAACAAAGAAGUUCUUUUAUCAAAAAUGAUCAGGAAGAGAUAAGUCCGAGACCUGCUCCUCUUCUAUCAAGGACCCCUGCUGUUCCAUCAUUUAAAAGAGAUCCUUUUAUAGGAGAACACACAGAAGAGAUACUUCUAGAAUAUGGAUUUACUAAGCAAGAGAUUACUAAACUUUAUUCUGAUAAAAUAAUAGAAUUCAGUAAACCAACAGCUAAUUUAUAAUCUCUGACUAUGCAGAUCAGACACAUUUCAGGCUGAUACAAUAUGUUUUUAUGCAUUAAAUUGAAUUACAUGAUAAAUAAAUGUUUGCAUAAUAUAGCUUUUAAAUAUUUUUUAAUUAUUGACUUUUAAAUGUUAU